UGUGUGUCACAGCUCCAACGUUGUAGUGUCCAGCAAGGCAACGCCAUGGACAGUGUGCACGAGAAGAAGAUUGCAACUUUUUUAACAAUAUUUAAUACAUCUACAUGCGUAACGAUUUCCAACACAMGCGAGGAGAUGCGCGCUGUGGAACCUUCAUUUUAACUAAGGAGACAGUGAAUUACUUUUUAAACUGGUGAUCCCGAGAAGGAAACGCAAAGGAGUACCUCUUUCUAACUGAUUUGUUUUUUUGUUUUUUUUACAACUAUUUACAAGAAGAGACCAAGAAGUCAUGAGAAUACCGAGACCAUGCGCACGGUUUUGUGGACUUGUACAAGCAGUUUAGGUUCGAGAUAGAAAAGUCGAAAAUCGUUUUAUAUGUAAGAGAUCAUUUUUCUGGUAUAUAUGAAAGUCGAGUUUUUGAAAAGGAACUAUUUUUUUUACAUUUCGGAGUUUAUUCAACGUUUUUUAUUUUAACUAUGGCGGAAUCGGUUAUUUGGGCAGGUACGGCGCGUUGUGCGUUGUUGAUCUUGUGUGCGCUUUUCCCGUUGUGUUCGGGCCAGUACCACGGUGAGAAGGGCRUCUCUAUACCCGAACACGGCUUCUGCCAGCCCAUCUCCAUACCCCUCUGUACGGACAUCGCCUAUAACCAGACCAUCAUGCCGAAUCUCCUCGGCCACACGAACCAGGAAGACGCCGGGCUGGAGGUGCACCAGUUCUACCCGCUCGUCAAGGUCCAGUGUUCCAUGGACCUGAAGUUCUUCCUGUGUUCAAUGUACGCGCCGGUCUGUACGGUCCUCGAGCAGGCUAUCCCGCCGUGCAGGUCCCUGUGUGAGCGGGCGAGACAAGGCUGCGAGGCMCUGAUGAAUAAGUUCGGUUUCCAGUGGCCGGAGAGGCUCCGCUGUGAGAACUUCCCCGUCCACGGAGCRGGRGAGAUCUGUGUGGGUCAAAACACUUCGGACACCGGUAGCCCCACCUCUUACCCAACACCCUACGUUCCUGAGCUCRUGACUCUACCCCCCAAUAUGGGUCGACCGAACCAGCACCGGGAGUUCUCCUGCCCGCUACAACUGCAGGUGCCCAACUAUCUGAACUACUACUUUAUGGGGGUAAAGGACUGCGGCGCGCCUUGCGAGCCCACCAARCCCAACGGGUUGAUGUAUUUUCGGGAGGAGGAGGUGAAGUUUGGCAGGCUCUGGGUCGGGAUCUGGUCCGUUCUGUGCUGUGUGAGCACCCUGUUCACAGUSCUGACCUAUCUAGUGGACAUGAGACGGUUCAGCUACCCGGAGAGGCCUAUCAUCUUCCUCUCUGGCUGUUACUUCAUGGUGGCCACUGCCUACGUGGCUGGGUUUCUCUUAGAGGAUAAAGUGGUGUGUAUUGAUCAAUUCAAGGACACUGGUUAUAAGACUGUAGCUCAGGGAACUAAGAAGGAGGGCUGUACUAUUCUCUUUAUGAUUCUGUAUUUCUUCGGCAUGGCCAGUUCUAUAUGGUGGGURAUUCUGUCCUUCACGUGGUUCCUCUCUGCCGGUAUGAAGUGGGGGCAUGAAGCCAUAGAGGCCAACUCUCCGUAUUUCCACCUCGCUGCCUGGGCUGUACCCGCUGUUAAAACUAUUACCAUCCUGGCCAUGGGACAGGUGGAUGGAGACCUGCUCACAGGGGUGUGUUAUGUAGGAAUCAACAGUGUGAAUUCCUUGCGUGGUUUUGUUCUGGCACCUCUUUUUGUCUACUUGUUUAUAGGGACGUCGUUCCUCCUCGCSGGAUUUGUCUCUCUGUUCCGGAUCAGAACUAUCAUGAAACACGACGGAACCAAGACGGAGAAGCUGGAGAAGCUUAUGGUUCGAAUCGGGGUGUUCAGUGUCCUCUACACCGUUCCAGCCACUAUCGUCAUAGCCUGCUGCUUCUACGAGCAGGCGUUCCGUGAGCAGUGGAAGAAAACUUGGCAUACGCAGAUCUGYAAGAGGUUUGCGGUGCCUUGUCCACCAAACAAUUUUGCGCUCGUGACCCCAGACUUUACUGUCUUCAUGAUCAAGUAUUUGAUGACUUUGAUUGUCGGCAUCACGUCCGGGUUUUGGAUAUGGUCAGGGAAAACACUGCAGUCAUGGCGCAGGUUCUAUAAGAGACUGAGUACCAGCAACCAGGGAGAAACGACAGUAUGAACAUCAAUGACAUGGGAAUGAUAAUAUAAUGGACUUGUGUCCCAAAUGCCACCCUACGCCCUAUUUAGUGCACUACUUUUGGCCAGGGCCCAUAAAGUAGUGCACUAUUAAGGGAGUAGGAUACCAUUUGGGAUCAGGGCAGGACAUAACGCAUGGAAUAAGACCUAUGAUGAGUUCAACAUGGGGGUCCGUGGCUGGUGCAGUCCGUCUGCCUCCCGAACUGGACCAUCAGAACCCUUUCAGGAGCCUGUAAAAAGCCAUUGUGGCUUCCCAGAUUCCAGGGUUGUUGUUAGGAAAAAGCUCAUACGGACACUUUAUUGUGCAAUGAUCAUCUGAAGAGGAAUACGGAGAAACGGAUCGUUCCUAGUGUAUCGCAAUGUAGGUCAAAUUCUGAAUGAUGUAGAGCCUCUGUUGUCUUUGUAUGAAAGUGGUUUUCUUUACAGAGUUUAUGCAAUGAAUGACCCUAUUCACACUAUAGAGCUACUACACCGUGUAACGCUACUGGCAAGCUUCAGUUGAAGAAAGAGCACGUUUGACCGUAUGAAUUUAUACUCACUUUUUUGUUUUUGUGGUCAUUUGUUUGACAUUCACAGCUAAGCAGUGACAAUCAUGUAUAUUUUUGUGGCACAGUAAGACUGACUGACAUUGCAUUUAGAAAUGAGAUAGAAUAUGCAUGUGUGKAGCUGUGGAAUUAUGCAAAGUACUGCACUAUUGCAUAUCUUGUAAAAACAUUUUUUUUUCUCUCCAAAGAUUUUAUCUAUUUAGGAAGAUAAUCAUGCA